CUUUCAGGGAAACGCAAAAAUAGAAACUUGUGAAGUAAACCGACUAAAUUACCCAACUAAAACAGAAGCCACGGUGGCAGAAGUGCUCCCAUUCAUUCCUCGCAGUGUCCUAAUUGGGGCUUCUGUCUAUCAGUCAAAAAAAUAUUUACUGCUGGCAGGUGGUGCUUUAACAGAGUUCCAGGUGUGUGGGACGAGAAACAGGAAGUUCAUCAUUCGGAAUCGAAAGAGGGAUCAAACAUGUCCAAUGAUGUCAGAUAUUGUGAGAAGUUCUCCUACGUCUUCCUAAAGUUCGCCCUCAUUGUAUAUUCCACUAUCUUCUGGCUGGUUGGGGGGUUCAUCCUAGCCAUCGGCAUCUAUGCGGAGGUGGAGCGGCAGCGCUACAAAACCCUGCAGGGGGUGUUCCUGGCCCCCGCCAUCAUCCUCAUCGUCCUGGGGGUGGUGAUGUUCAUCGUCUCCUUCAUCGGUGUGUUAGCCUCCCUCAGGGACAACCUGCUGCUCCUCAAAGUGUUUCUCUACACCUUGACAGUCUGUCUUAUUCUGGAGCUCCUCGGUGGCAUCCUGGCUCUGGUUUUCAGGCAUCAGACAGUGGAUCUCUUAAACAAAAACAUUCGCAAAGGAAUGGUGAAUUACUACGAUGAUCUGGAUUUCAAGAACAUCAUGGACUUUGUUCAGAGAAAGUUCAAAUGUUGUGGAGGGCAGGAGUACAAAGACUGGGAAGUGAACAUGUACCAUAACUGUACAGCUCCUGGACCGCUGGCUUGUGGAGUGCCUUACACCUGCUGCCUCGAAAACAAGCCUAAUGAAGUUGCCAACACACUAUGUGGAUUUAAGGUCCUUCAAAAUGAGAGGCUGACCUUGCAGGACGUCAUCUACAUCAGAGGUUGUACUGAUGCUGUCUUCAUCUGGCUCAUGGAUAACUAUAAGAUAAUGGCUGGCUUGCUGCUUGGCAUCUUAUUCCCCCAGUUCUUGGGCGUGAUCAUUAGCUGGCUCUACAUCACACGAGUAGAGGAUGCCAUUGCUGAGUAUGGUAACUACCAGGAUGGACUGCUGGACGCAGGAGACAGUGAUGGCUUCAGGGAACCCAAGAAGCAGAGCAGAAUGGUCAAAUGUUGCAGGUGCAUGCCAGAGAUCGACUGAGCGUGCCUCAUGUUAUCUAAUUAGCCUAAAACACUGCUGUGCCUGCCUCAGCCUUCCAACACACUGCUCCAGUUUUACAACCACUGUUCAGAGAUCUUUUAGUGUGUGUUUUUGGUUCUAUUCAGGGAUUGUUUUUUUUCAGGGGUUCAUUUAUUAAGGUUUUAUUAGGAUGGAAGGGUAUACAUACCAGUGUGUGCCUGUAAAAAAAAAUACAUCGCUUUUUAUUAUUCUUUUUUUUUUUCCUCCUCCUGAAGUGUCGAUUUUUUUAUAUAUAGAUUUACAGCAAAAACAUUUUACAUUUUCUGUCACACUAAAUACAAAUAUGUAGCUCACUAGCCAGCCCCUCAUAGGAAUUCCAGUAUUUCAAUCAUUAUUACCUCAGACUCCUGUAUUGAUGCCAAUCAAUUAAAUGGGACAUUUUUAGCUGUUCAAAGAGAUGUUUUCUAUGGUGAAUUUUAUGGAGGGUACCUACCUUGAUUUUCAUAAUCAUUGGAGAUGUCAUGGGCUCAACACAUUAAAGGAUUAGUUCGGGAUUUUGGCAAUGAGAUUAACUCGUGGAUACCAUUUGUAUGUACCUGCGUGCAGUUUUAAGGAAGUUAUUCACUAGCAUUAGCACAAUUGUUAUCUAGCGUUAGCGCAAUGACUGGAUGCUAGCUGUUCGCGUAAACUUCCAGUCAUUGCGCUAACGUUAAUUAGCCUUGGCUCGCGAAACUACUUUUUAACGUCCUUUUAUACUGGACUUCCACAAGUUCAUCUGACUCUGGGGAAGUAAAUAAAGGGCCUCUGCUAAAAUCACGAACUAUCCCUUUAAUGGUUUAGGUGAGUAAAAAUCUAAUUAACUUACAGUAAGUUUAUGGUCAGUCACACAAUGUGGCUUCAUUUGAGUUUGGAAUACCAACGUUGUUAAUGAUGUACAGCAUACACAUGGUCUGUUGCCCACAUUUUAUUACGAUUUUGUACUGUUAAAUGGUUUGGAAGCUACGUUUUAUGGCUUUGCUCAGUCAGUGACAUUUACCUGUUGUGGGAUCUGCUAGUGAGCCUCUUAAGCUCUUCGCAGAGCAGCAUCAUGUCCCUGGUCUUCCUGCCAAUGAUUGUAUACAGUAUGAGUCAAAAGUUUGGACACACCUACUCAUUCCAGGGUUUUUCUUAAUUUUUUAUUAUUUUCUACAUCAUAGAAUAAUAGUGAAGACAUCAGCUAUGAAUAAUAAUAAUAUAUGGAAUCAUGUAGUAACCAAAAAAGUUUUAAACAAAUCAAAAUAGGUUUUAUAUUUGAGAUUCUUCAAAGUACCUUUGCCUUGAUGACAGCUCUGCACACGCUUGGCAUUCUCCCAACCAGCCUCAUGAGGUAGUCACCUGGAAUGCAUUUUAAUUAACAGGUGUUCCUUGUUAAAAGUUAAUUUGUGGACUUUCUUUCCUUCUUAAUGCGUUUGAGCCAAUCAGUUGUGUUGUGACAAGGUACGGGUGGUAUACAGAAGAUAUCCCUAUUUGGUAAAAGACCAAGUCCAUAUUAUGGCAAGAACAGCUCAAAUAAGCAAAGAGAAAUGACAGUCCAUCAUUAAUUUAAGACACGAAGCUCAGUCAAUGCGGAAAAUGUCAAGAACUUUGAACGUUUCUUCAAGUGCAGUCGCAAAAACCAAGCGCUGUGAUGAAACGGGCUCUCAUAAGGACCGCCACAGGAAAAGAAGACCCAGAGUUACCUCUGCUGCAGAGAAUGUUUAUUAGAGUUACCAGCAUCAAAAAUUGCAGCCCAAAUAAAUGCUUCACAGAGUUCAAGUAACAGACACGUCUCAACAUCAACUGUUCAGAGGAGACUGUGAAUCAAGCCUUCACGGUCGAAUUGCUGCAAAGAAACCACUACUAAAGGACACCAAUAAUAAGAAGAGACUUGCUUGGGACAAGAAACAUGAGCAAUGGACAUUAUACCAGUGGAAAUCUGUCCUUUUAGUCUGAUGACUCCAAAUUUGAGUUUUUUUUUAGUUUCAACCACAGUGUCUUUGUGAGACGCAGAUGAGGUGAACAGAUCAUCUCCGCAUGUGUGGUUCCCACCGUGAAGCAUGGAGGAGGAUGUGUGAUGGUGCUUUGCUGGUGACUCAGUGAUUUAUUUAAAAUUCAAGGCACACUUAACGAGCAUGGCUACCACAGCAUUCUGCAGCGAUACACCAUUCCAUCUGGUUUGGGCUUAGUGGAACUAUCAUUUGUUUUUCAACAAGACAAUGACCCAACACACAUCCAGGCUGUGUAAGGGCUAUUUGACCAAGAAGGAGAGUGAUGGAGUGCUGCAUCAGAUGACCUGGCCUCCACAAUCACCCGACCUGAACCCAAUUGAGAUGGUUUGGAAUGAACUGGACCGCAGAGUGAAGGAAAAGCAGCUAACAAGUGCUCAACAUAUGUGGGAACUACUUCACUGUUGGAAAAGCAGUCCUCAUGAAGCGGGUUGAGAGAAUGCCAAAA